GUGGGUUGUUGUUGUCAGAGCAAGCUGGUCCUCACACAUUAACACACAACAUAAAUACUUACAGAAGGAGUCAACUCAAUCUUUAACCACUUUCCCACUGUGUUCCUGCCUUUUUCCGCAGCCGAUACUGCUGCCUGUAGCCAGACUUAAGGAGAGACACAGAGCCUGGAGGAGAGAGAGGGAGGGAAAGAGAGAUAGACUUGUGCUGAUCACAGAGGCUGCAGCCCCCAGCCUUCCCUGCGCUGCUGCUACAGUACGUGUGAAAGGCAGAGAGGGAGAGGCGGCAGAGGCAGAGCUGGUGUUUGUCUCUGAGACUUGGAGGAAGGAGGAGAGCGCUGUGAGCAGAGUCAGUCCUCUGGUAUGUGUCCACUGUGAGCGACUCCAUCCCUGCAAACCUCCACCUCACCCACCAGGACUCUGACACCAGCCACACAAACAGGAAUACCUGUGUCCACUGAAGCGGUGUGUGUAGAGGAGCAUGUUGUGACAGCCAUGUCUCUGGAGAUGGAAAAGACCAUCACCAAGCUGAUGUACGACUUCCAGAGGAACUCCACCUCUGAUGAUGACUCUGGAUGUGCACUGGAGGAAUACGCCUGGGUCCCCCCCGGCCUCAGUCCUGAGCAGGUACAUCAGUACUAUAACUCCUUACCCGAAGAAAAGGUUCCCUAUAUAAACAGCCCUGGAGAGAAAUAUCGCAUCAAACAGCUGCUGCACCAGUUGCCUCCCCAUGACAAUGAGGUGCGUUACUGUAACGCGUUGGACGAGGAGGAGAAACGGGAACUAAAGAUCUUCAGCAACCAGCGGAAGAAGGACAACUUGGGCAGAGGCAACAUCCGUCCUUUCCCCCUCACCAUCAGUGGCGCCAUCUGUGACAAGUGCGGUGGUCAAAUAAACGGAGGCGACAUGGUGGUCUUUGCUGCGAGGGCAGGGCACAGCAAAGUCUGGCACCCUCAUUGCUUUGUCUGCAGCAUGUGUGAGGAGCUGUUGGUGGAUCUCAUCUACUUCUACCAGGAUGGCAAGAUCUUCUGCGGCCGACACCACGCGGAGAGGCUGAAACCCCGCUGCACCGCCUGUGAUGAGAUUAUCUUUGCUGAUGAAUGCACUGAGGCGGAGGGCAGGCACUGGCACAUGAAGCACUUCCGUUGCUACGAGUGUGAGACCACCCUCGGCGGCCAGCGCUACAUCAUGAAGGACGGACGGCCACACUGCUGCAACUGCUUUGAGUCCCUUUAUGCAGAGUACUGUGACGCAUGUGGAGAACACAUAGGCAUUGACCAAGGCCAGAUGACUUAUGAUGGGCAGCACUGGCACGCCACCGAGGAGUGCUUUUGUUGUGCCCGUUGCAAGCGUUCUCUGCUGGGCCGCCCCUUUCUGCCAAAGCAGGGGCAGAUCUUCUGCUCACGAUCCUGCAGCGCUGGACAGGAUCCAGAUGAGUCUGACUCCUCCGACUCUGCCUUCCAAAGUGCCCGUUCCCGUGAAUCCCGCCACAGCACCAAGAUUGGCAAAAAUGAGCGCAGGAAUGCAGAGCGGAGUGCCGAGCCCCGCCAGUCAGCUCCCCCCCCCAUGCCCGACCGUCUGUCUGCUGAAAUUGAACCCCUCUCCGGCCAGAUGGACCGUUUAAGCCUCUCAUCUAGCCAGACCCCGAGCAGGACCCCUAACCGCACGCCCAGCCGCACUCCAAGCCGUGCCCCGAGCCUUAACCAGGUGUGGAUGAGCCGCGAUGACCCCUACGUCCCUGCCGUGUAUGAGGGGCCCCAGCUAGAACCCACACCUACACCCGCACCUAUACAUCUGCUGGCUCAGUGUAACCCCAGGCAGGGCUACAAUCCAAACACAAAUGCUCAUCCUCCAGCUCAGACUGCUGCCAAUCCAGGGAAAAGGCCUGACUCCUGGGGGAAGGAACAAGGCAAUGCCAAGAGGACUCCCAUGGCUGCUUUGAGGGGCCACUCCUUUAACGAGAACUGGACCCACCACAGCCAGGAUGAGUUCAGGCCCAACAAGCUUCGCACCCAGAUGAGUUUCAACGAGAUGCCCAGCCAGAAUCAGGGAUUUUCUGACAAGAGGAGCAUCAGCCUGCAUGGAUUCCAGAGAGACGGCAGACCCCCUCUGACCAGGAGGAACCCCAUCAACGCCAUGAGCUUCAACGGGCCCCUCACUCCUCUAGAACAGACUCCUCGUGGAUCCAUGGACUCCUUCACUAUGUCCAAUGCUACAGCAGGUAACUCUCUGGACGGGGUCACUAAGCGCCAGGAGCAUUUGUCGAGGUUCUCCAUGCCUGACCUGAGUAAAGACUCGGGUGUGAACGUGUCUGAAAAGAGCCACAUGGGCACCCUCAGCUCCUCAGUCCAGUUCCACAGCACAGAGUCUCUGUCCUCCUCCCGGCCCUACAACAACAACAUGUACGGUCCGCUGAGGGUCGGCUACCCGCUGCAGUACUGGGAUGGCCCACAGCCGCUGGGAUUCGAUGGCAAAGGUCGCGUUGGGGUGAUGGGCAGCAGUGGAAACCUGCGGAUGGCUCCAAUGAGCGACAGAAUGCCCCGCAGACGCAUCAACGGGCAGGAACCUGUGACGCAGCAACAGCAGCAGCCACAACCAAGACACCGCAAACACCACCGUGGAAAUCACGGCAACGGGCAGCACCGCAGUAGCCGCCAUCACAAACGCUCCCGUCGCUCCCGCUCUGACAACGCACUGCACCUGGUGGCAGACCGUCCUGCUCAGAUGGUGGAGCUGCCCUACCGCCGCGUCCAGGAGGAUUACGAUCGCUUCCCCGCUGGUAACGCCGCUCGGGAGUUGUUCGGUCUGGAGCCCGGCGGGUACAGACAGCAGCCCCAACGACCCUGCCCCCGCACCACCUCUGAUCUCACCCUGCAAAAUGCUGGCUGGCAACCCCCGGGGCUGGGUGGUCAGUGCUGGGGCGACGGUCACAUGGAGGCUACUGACCCAUGGUGCUCCAGUUGCUCCUCUUCCUCCGAGUCUGAGGCAGAUGAAGGUUAUUUCCUGGGUGAACCAAUUCCUCGGCCCGUGCAGCUUUGCUACCUCAACAACGAGGAGCUGCGCCAUCGUUACAGUCCCUCUGGGAUAGCUCCCCACCACGGACCUGUGCACGGGCCGAUUCAUGGCCAGAUGCACAACCGCCAAAGGAGGAAGAGCAAAAACUGCAUACUUUCUUAGAUAUAGGGCAAGGGGAUGGUGAGGGAUGAGCAGGAGAGUGAAAGAGAUGAGAGAAUGAGAGGUAAGGAGACGGUUAAAGCAACAAAGAAGGUGAAACAGAGAGCGUGGGAAGGUGAGAGUGAGACAGUUGUCAGUGUGUGUGUCAGUGUGUGUGUCAGUGUGUGUGUGUAUGUGUGUAUGUGUGUAUGUGUGUAUGUGUGUGUGUGUGUGUGUGUGUGUGUGUGUGUGUGUGUGUGUGUGUGUGUGUGUGUGUGUGUGUGUGUGUGUGUGUGUGUGUGUGUGUGUGUGUGUGUGUGUGUGUGUGUGUGUGUGUGUGUGUGUGUGUGUGUGUGUUAGGUUGGAAGAGAGAAAAGGCCAGUUUUGUGUGCAUGUGAGCUUACACAACUCUACACCGGGUAGUGUUUGUGUACACCUACACAGGAUGAUCUAAUCAUAAGAGGAAGCUCAGCUGGCUUACACAACAGAAAUGUUUACAAUGAUAGAGAUCAACUCCUCUGAUGGUACCAGCAAGUACUGAUGAAUUUGACUACUAAAUAUAAUGUGGUCAAGGUAAAUAACACGAUCUCCGGGCCCGUCCGUGCAUGAAUCCCUGGUACAGAGAGAUCGGACAUUUCCUUCACAGUUUGAAAAAGGGAAGUAAAGAUGGUGGAAGUGCAGCGAUCUGACUGUCGCAGCUCAGAGAUCCAACAAUCCCUGGACAGAAAAACGUAUUCUAUGUGGACAAACAAGAAAUUGUGUUGGGAUAGUGAAAGUUACGUGCUAGAUUCCAAGCUAUGUCAUUGUUUACCUCAGUGGAAUCCAAAUGCUGCUGGAAUAUAGUGUUGGCUCGCUAGCCCUGUUAUCACCUUGUACAAAUAGUCUGUUGAACUUUGUGCUCUCCAUAGCCGGCUCUCCAUGCUUUACCAAGGACAGAGCGCCACACGGCCUCUGAUCCUUGAACAUUUAGGCACAGUAACGUCAGGUAUGGUCCCGUUUUCUCUUCUGCAACAUGCUUUGUUUUUUUUUUUAGAGUUACCCUUAGAUGAUUAAGAAUUAUAAUAAUAAUAAUAAUUACAAAUAAUGCUUAUAAUCAUAAAAAUGCAAAUAAUAAUGAGAAUAUUACAGAAUUAAAACCUGUUUAAUGUAUAUAUAGUAAUAAACUUAAUAAAUUAAUGGAUGUAGUAAUGUAAAUGUUCUGUACAUAUGGUCUUAAAUAUUUAUAUAUUUUGUAACUAAAGAAUCAUUAUUUGUAUAACAUGAUGUAGAGAUAGGGAGACUUGCAUGUUGAUUUGUUGUUGUUGUCUCAUAAUGAAAAUAAAGUGUACUUCAAUGAACAACCAGCAA